GAGAGAGAGAGAGAGAGAGAGAGAGAGAGAUGUGUAAGCCAGUCACAGCAUCUCUCCUGCUCACUGCACCAGGGCUGAGGGACUCUUCGUCCCCUCGCUUCCCUCGCUGCAGAUUUAACUCAUUUCCAUCAGCGCAGUCAUCUUUUUUUUCUUCUUGCUUUUUACUUGCUGCUUUUGACAGAUGCAUUACAUUCAUCUCUAUCUGCAUUCCAGGAUCUAAGGAUUUCUUUAUUGAAAAACGCGGGUUGUGUGCUUUAACAGAAUCAGGGGGACGUUUGCAGAGGACAGUGCUUGAAACUGGGACUCCGACUGGGACUUGGUCUUUUUUUUAUGCCGCUAGAGUGGAUUCCCUUUUGUUGGGCUGCCGGUGUUUUGUUCAGGGCAACAGACAUACUGAGAGAAGGAGUUAUAGGACCCUAUACCCCUACAACUAAACAGAGUGCAUACUUCAAAGGACUAAAGCAAGUUAGAACAUCUAUGGUUGCAUUAAUCACUUGAGGAGAAGGUGCUAAGCCUCCCGUGCCAAUGCUUCAGAAUAUCACAACAAAAAUACAAGUAACACGUUUCUGGGAUGAAUCGGUGGAUUGCUGAUUGAUCCCCACACCCCUCUCUGCAAGUAUCGGCCACAGGAUUGCUGGGGAGUCGAAACGAGAGGAGCGCUGAGCUAUUCAGCUGGCCUCUCAUUGCUCCAGGAGAGUCCUUCCACCUGCCUGCACGGGAGUCUUACAUCCAGCACUUUCAUCAGCUACUGGACUUUUACAUUUUGUUUGUCUUUUGCUACUUGCAGUCCAGAAAACUGAGAGGCAAGUCUGCACAUUUUGGACUCAAACUUUAAAUCACUUUAAUAGCUAAACUCAUCCAGACAUAUUGCGGCGAUUGGUUUCUACCUCAUUCUGCCUAGGGAUGCCUCGUAAACACAUUUUCCCCCCCAGCGCCGCGUGCGCCGAGAGAGCUGUGACAUUAUCUCCUGCGGAGAUCCCCAUGUUGUUCUAGCCUGUGUCUGUGUUUUGAUUCAGACAAUAGCUGGGCAUGCAUGGGCUCCAGACACUGACCGGAGGACCACCAAAAUAAGGGAAGCCUUCUGUUACAUUGUAAACACACUGUCACCCAUGGCACAGUGAAACUUUGGAUCUAAUUGAAGGGUCUAUUCGCAGAGAAGGAUGUCAUUUUCUUUUUUUUCCAGACUUUGGUAUACACCAAGAGAGACUCUGGAGAAGUUUUCCCCUUAGCAAUGGCUGCUAAAAAUCUAUGUAUUGAAAGGUAACUGCCCUCAGUGAAUUGAAUCUCAUCUCGGAGUGAAAUAGGAGCCAUGUGCUGCGUACCUAUUUGAUCUGCCAAGAGUGGAGAGCAUUGAGCUUCGCUUCAUGCUUUAACCUCUUCGUAUGGUGUCCUCCCUCUCAUCUGCCGUGCUCUCUGCCCUUGUUUAGACAACUUAUGCCCUCAGCCUCCCGGUGGCGUCCCUCAUUAGCAUCAGGAGAUGAGGCCACAGACUGGCAGGCAAAGCAGCAGGGGUGUUCACCUUUGGAAUAGAUGCUGGCCACAGCACCAAUGCUACCCUGGUUUAAUGAAGCAAUAGAGCUUUUUUCACUCUACUUCUGACUGUAACCCACCCACUACUUUCACUAACCAUGAGUGAUUGGAAAAGGAGAGCUAAACGAGGUGUCCUACCCUCCCAGAGGCUGUAUUGAUUUUCGUCCAGUCAGUGUUCAUUUGAUUGAGACCCAGCUAUGUGAGAGUCAGGUGAAAGAGAGAGUGAGUGUGUUAGAGAGCGUAUUGAGCUCGAUAAACUGAAGAAGGCUGCAGACACUCGGUGUAGAUGGGGUCGGGGGGGGGCAGGCAGUUCUCCAGUUUCAGUCCAGCUGCCUUAUGGGUGACACACCAUAAACCUGACCCACUGGACAGCACCCAGAACAAUGAACCAGUCUGAACUGACAACGGACCCGCUGCUCACUGCCAACAGCAGUCAUGGAGACUUUGUUCCUUACAGGGCCGCCAACCACUCGUGUCCCUUGGGCUGGGGGCUGAACGAAGGCCUAGAGGCCUGCGUCCUGGAGACUGCGGUCAUUGUACUUCUGACAGUGCUUAUUAUUGCAGGAAACCUGACGGUGAUCUUCGUGUUCCACUGUGCCCCUCUACUACACCACUACACCACCAGCUACUUCAUCCAGACCAUGGCCUAUGCCGACCUGCUGGUGGGUCUUAGCUGCUUAGUGCCCACCCUGUCUCUGCUCCACUACCCAGCAGGUGUUCAAGAGCCCAUCACGUGCCAGGUUUUCAGCUACGUCAUCUCUGUUCUGAAGAGUGUUUCAAUGGCCUGCUUGGCUUGCAUCAGUGUGGAUCGCUACCUGGCCAUAACUAAACCCCUGUCUUACAACCAGCUGGUGACACCAUGCAGACUACGAGGCUGUAUCACUCUGAUUUGGAUCUACUCUAGCCUGGUUUUCUUGCCUUCCUUCUUUGGGUGGGGUAAACCAGGCUAUCAUGGGGACAUUUUUGAGUGGUGCGCACACUCUUGGCCCACCUCUGCCCUCUUUACGGGCUUUGUGGUGUGUUUGCUCUAUGCGCCAGCUGCACUUGUGGUUUGUUUUACCUACUACCAUAUCUUUCGCAUCUGCCAGCAGCACAACAGGGAGAUCAGUGAACGGCGGGCACGUUUCCCCAGCCAGGAGAUGGAGGCUGGUGAGGGGGGUGGCAGUGGGCAUCAAGGAGGACACGGACCAGAUCGGCGCUAUGCAAUGGUGCUGUUCCGCAUCACCAGUGUUUUCUAUAUGCUUUGGCUGCCCUACAUAAUCUACUUCAUGCUAGAGAGCUCCCAUGUGCUGGAUAGCCCUGCCCUCUCCUUCAUCACCACCUGGCUGGCCAUUAGCAACAGCUUUUGCAACUGUGUCAUCUACAGCCUGUAUAAUAGUGUGUUCCGCCUGGGCAUGCGUAGGCUCUCACAGACGAUUUGCUCCUUCAGCCACUGCGCAGCCGAUGACAGGGACUUUGGAGAGCCUAAACCUAGGAAGAGGGCGAACUCGUGCUCCAUCUGAUGGGAUGUCUUUUACAGGAUGAGGAUACUGCCGGAAUCUACAAAUGGGGAACAAAAAAGCUUAACAAGCUUAGCAGCUAUGUUAACUUUCAGUAACAUUGGGUGGGCUUAACCGAACAGAAAAUGGGUUCUGUUGUGUCUGCUGACACCAGUGACAUUGCCUUCACAAUAAACCAUGGUUUAUUGCAUUACAAGCUUUUCAAGGAGAUGGGUGCUGUGUCUAAACAGAGAGAUUCAUGAGAUAGUCACUUUCUGAUGGCUUUUAUUCUGUGGUAUGUGACUUGGCUGUGGAUCAAAUAGAAAGAAGUCUCCCCAUGGCUUUCUCAGCCUUUACAUCUCACUGUAUGUCAACCAGGUCUGACAUAGUGAGAAGACUAAACUGUAAACUCCAAAAGAUUCACAAAUAUGUUUUCAGACAUCAAAUGUGGCCACACUAUUUCAUGCCUGUUACAUUUUGUUUGUAGUUGGUAAGUGGAUCAACCCUCGAUUUGAUGUCUCAUACUUUGUGUCAUUAGGAGAGACUAGAUAACCUACACCUACUUGUGCUAAUAAACCUGUUUCAAGGUUGGAAAUUGAUAAUUCACUUUUUAGUUGUAUAAACACACACACUGACAAUGACAGCAGCUGCCGAUAAAUAACGGAUGGCAAAAGGUCUUGACUGUUUUCUAGACGAAAGUGCACACUCAGUUUCUGCAGAAGUAUUUUGUGUUGAGUCUGUAAACAUGAUGUGUGCAGGUGAACAGGAGAUGCAAAACAAAGAUGGUGACAGGCCUAUCGCUGAUCUGACACUUGGUUCAAAUUUGAAUAUAGUUAUUUGCUGAGACCCUCUGUAAAACUUAGGACAUAAUGUAGAAAUGCACAAUAAUCUUAAAUAGUAAAACUCCAAUUUAACACUGUUUGGAUUGCAAAGAACAGCCCUACAUCACAGCAAUCGACCAAGGACUGUUAAAAUAUGGAAACUUGUAAAAGGAGUGUUGAAACCUUUUAAAUCAAGUCAAAGUCCUCAAAAUAAGAGGUUUCACUUGAUGCAACAUGGUGACUAAUCUAUAAUAUAGACUGUCUAAUUGUCAACACAUUUAACACUUUGCCUACUGCUGUAGUGUGACCUGUAUACGAUUUUGCACAGAUGACAUGCUGCUUUCAUUGUUUACUAAUUUAAAUAUUAGCUGAUUAUGGUUGGUUCUACUAAAAAGCACCGUAUGUCCAGAAUUCAGACACAUGAUGCGUUUGUUUGACACUGAGGUCUUUUAUAUUGAAGGCAGUGAACUGAUGCUCGCAGCAGAUAACUACCCAGCAUAGUUUUUUUUCCCCAAGGUCCCCCCCUUGUGUUUAUGAAAUAGCUCAUCAGGGCCAGCAUUCCCACCAUUGGUGUGGCAUUCCUGAUAUGGCUUUGUUAUGAGUAUUCUGCUAACAGUUUGAUGCAUGAGCGCUCAUGACAACCAUUUCUAACCAACAAAUAUAUAUUGCAUUCCCCCUGUACAUGUAGGUCCAUGUAUAUUGAAUAGUGAACAAACAGAAUUAAACAAAUUAAACGGCACGUUUUAGGUUUAGUUCAGAAACAGAACUCUGUGUCUGAGCCAUAGAUCUCAUUUUUAGAUGCACCUCUUGGAUGUUUGUUUUGAUCCACUCACAAACUUCUCGGAGUCAUUUAAAGGUAAGAAAAGUAAUAGUUGCAGUGUAGACCGGAAUAUAUUGGCUGGUUUUGAGUGCUUUGUAUCAGUGACGCGGUUAUCUUCAGAUCAGAUGAUAUUGGGCUUUAUUUCCCAGCAGCGGUGGACAGGGGCUCAGGUUAAUGUGAUCUGAUCUGUCUGGAGGUCGCUGUGAGGUUGAAACUGAACUGAUCUAAAACUACAUGCUUAGUUGUGAUAAAGGUUUCAGGCUAUCAGUAGCUUAUUUUGUGGAGGUUUGUAGAACUUUUUGCCGGACAAUCCUAAUUGCUUUUAAUUUGCCCCACUCUCUUUCAGCUGUACCAAUUCUGUUGCUGAUUUGAAAAAAAGUCACUGCCCUCAAACUACAGGCCUACAUGUCUUACAUUCUUCUCAGUGCUUUUAUGAAUGACCUUAGAAAUUAGUGUGCACUUCUCACAGGGUCAGACCUAACUGGCUUACACUGUAAUUAUGGUAACUGGGCUUGAGGAAUUGUCCGUAUCCUUUUUCAUGAUGUCUGUGCCCAAGCAACAGAUGGCUAUUUUGGGAAGGGUAGAAUAUAGGUGUUAGAAAUAGAGUCCCUAAUUACUUCAUUCUGCAAAAAUUUUAUAAUAAUAAAAUAAUAAUAAUGUUGUUCUUUUACUGUGGCCAUUCCAGCUUGGUAAAAUCUAAAGACUGUUCCCCAGUCUGGGGCUUUUUAUAUACAAAGUGCAGAUGAUGCGUGUUGUUAAAACAACCCACAAACCGCCAUUGGUUAUGAUUCUCAUACUUUCAACAGUAGUAUAGUCACUCCAGUCAAUUUACUUUGUACAUUCCCUUGAUCAUUGGAUCAGGGGUUGAAGCAUAAUUUCUUUCAAAAGAAUACAGCCACGUAAUAUAGCCAAUGAUUUACUGAUCUCCCUCUUGGCUCAUAGAGUAGUGUCAUCUGUGGUUUAGGCCUUGCUUGUAGUGUAUGUUAGUCCAUGCACAGCAAACCCAGCCCCUUGAUAUUGUAAAUGCAUUCUGUGCUGCUUAGCAGUAGCCUGUAUAGGUCAUUCCUCAUUGUAAAGCUGCAUUAAGUGAUUUUUGACCACUAGGGGCAGAAAGACUCUGCGCCUUUAGCUUUAUCUUACAGUGACAAGAAAUUCGCGACUUGACAUUCAGCUAAAACAGCGCUACCUUAUCAUUCAAUUCAAGAGUCUUUCUGGCCAUUCUGAUGAAUGUAAGUUCAAUAUUGUUUUUAAGCCAAGGUUUGGUAAACCAAUACCACUAACAGAAAAAAUAUGUCUGUUUUGGGUUAUCUACAUGCGCACCUUUCUUUACCAGCCAUUCAUUUACUUUGUCUCUCUGCAGUUGUGCAUGAGGUGGGUAGCCUACAGUCAACUUGAAAUUCUCAUGCUGAUAGUGGCUGCCCAUGGUUUGCCGUCAUUGUUUUUGUUUUGUUGUUUCAGACAACUAGGAUAACCAAACUCUUAAGGUAAAAGCAGCUGUGUAAAGCUACAGUAUGGGGUGUUGAUUCUUAGCGCGAUCAUCAGCAUUCAACACCCUUUAACAUAUUCAGGAGUUGUUUGUCAGUGUUGGUAUGAAAAAUAUUGCUUCAUGCAGCUUUAACACAUUGCAGAUUGUUCUGUAUACGUGCCUAAAGAUGUAUUUUGUAAGAAAAGUGAAAAAAAUAAGUAAUUACUGUUACAUUGACAUUGCUGCACUUUAAAAAAACAAACAAAAAAAAACAAAAACGAAAAAUUUACAUUAACAUACCUUGUGACCGGUGUACACAUCUGAAGUCACGUUGUCGUUGGAUUUAGUUUUCCAUGACUUUGUAAUCUUUCAGAUGCGUUUCCACUUGAACCAAGAAUAGGUCAAGUCAAUCAUUUCUCUCGGUCAAUCAGAUUUUUGCCUUUAAGUGGGUACAUGUUCUACUAUCUGACGUCUACAUCACAUCCGUAAAAUAAGGAGUCUGCAGAUGUCCAAGUCUUGUGAAUUCCCUUCUAUAGCCAUAUGCCUUGGCAUAUAUGAGGAAUAGCAGUAGGAAACCACAGCAUAGCCGUGUCAAAUGCUAGACCUACGAUGAUUUUUAUUUUGAUAGCUUGUGUUUUUGGUGCUCCUUUGGAGCAAUGGGGUAGUAGAAGAAAUGUAUAGGGUCCGAAUUAGUCCUGUAUUAUCUUCAUUAUGUGGUGACAAACAACAACACAGCUAAAUAUAACACGGGAGAAAGCAAAGUUCUGUAAUAGCCUAAAUUAUAAUAGCUGAGUUGUUACCAUAUAAUGUAAAAGUCGGAAUAUACCAUUCAAUCGGAGAUUAUAGUAUUUGGUGAGAAGUUGCACAAAUAUUCAUUCCUUUGGUGGAGUUUUUGUAGCGGGUAAUGUGAAAUGCGUGUCUUGGUUGAAGGUUUCAAAAAUCAAAAGAGCCACUGAAUGAAUAUUUAAAAAAUAAAUUGUUUUUGUGUGUCUGUUACGCUGACCAAGCUGAAGUGGUAGAAAAUCAAAACUGUCAACUUGUUCAAACAAGUCAUCUUUCAAGUGCAUUGAUCGAGGCUUUUAGUAAAGAGUUUUAUUAAUUGCAGGAUAAUAUGUAUUAUUUAUAAAGAUAUGUGAAAACCUUUACACAAUAUACUAUAUAUGAGUAUACUGUAUGUAAAGUGUGUGUAUCUGUUUUUACCUGCUGUACAGCCAAAAAAAUCAGACAAAUUCUGACAACGGUAUGGCGCAUCCAUUUGUGUUAAAUCAACUAGGCUGCUGAUGUUUUAAAUAGGAGGCAGUGUGUGUUAAAUUACAUAGUAUAUAUUUUUUUAUUUUGAAAUUGUGUCAAAGACUAUGGUUUUGUCGUUGCUGCCUACCCAAUAAAGGUGAAAAUAGUAGACAUUCACAUCUGUGUAGUUGCUUUUGUGAAAUGUCUGUGUUUCUGUAGCAACAAUUGCCAGCUAGCCAGCUGUCAGUCACAGUAGAACUCUCAGAAUUCAUCAUCAUAUUUCCUCCACUUUACGUCGAUCUUAAGAAGUAAUGAGGAGAAUGAAGAUGUGGGAUGCCAGUUUGAAUCCAAAGACCUGAUGGGAUGAGUGCUAUUAGCUAACGCCUGCUUCAUCAAACAUUAUUGAGGUACACUUGAGCGAGAGGUAUUGAUAUACAGCAUCAGUUACUUUUGAGUUGUAAUUGAUGUGUAAUAAUCACAGAAGUAAGCAUGCAUGAUGUAAAUGUAGGACUAGUGAGCAGAUCAAAAAUGCAACCCUGUGACUUCACAGCCAUGUUAUCAGAGAAUGGAGCCCAAGCAGAGAGACUCUAUUGUCAUUUUGUCUAUUGAUCAUCUGCCAAACAUUCUGCCCCUGCCUGUUGCUCCAACUCAGUUAUAAGCAAAGCAAAGAUGUAUUUCAUUUUCCUCUGAGCCAGCAGAUGGUUGAUCUGGUGGUAUUAGCUUGGUAACAAUUUCUAAGCAGGGUAGCCCUUCCCUUUUUGCCAUUGGGAGUUAAUGCACACCAUCAUUUCUCCUCUGUGUAAAGUAUUCUCAUUACAGAGCCUGAUCCUUUGUACUUGGUCUGAAAUUAGCCUUUGAAAUUCAUACACUCAACCUUUUAGACUGCAGACCAGCUUUGAAACAGCCAUAACCCCACCGUCUCCACCGAGUAGUGAAGAGACGAGCAACAGGAGAUGCAAGGGCGUAUUGGUGGUUUAAUGGCUCAAAGCGUAAUAGCUAUUUUAUUGUAACGUAUGAGUCCUUUUAUUUUGUGUUUGUGUUCAAUUUUUUGGGAUGCUUUCCAAGUUUUUUUUGCUAUGUUUGAUAUCUAGUUUUUGCACAAAAAUCUGUAGUUGUUGCUCCUACCAGAACACAUUUAAUUCACACUAACUAUUCAGCCAAACCAAGAGCAGCUUCCCAGUCCAAGCCUGCUCAGUGUUCAUGGCCGGCACCAUAUCAGGAAUUCCCUUUUAUUUCCACAAAUGGCAGCACUCGGCUUACUUCCUCUUUCCCUUUCCAUCCUGCCACUUUCCUCCUCCUCUUUCCGUCCUGAUUGAGAAAGGACCACCUGACCAUCUUUUGAGGUGGGGAAGUCAUAAUUAGAGGGGAUGCCAGUUCCUGCCCCUGUGUGCUAAUUGUGGAGGCUUGCGACGCUCACCAAAAGCCUUUAAUGACAUAAGGAGGACACACGCAUGCAUCCACAAACCAACACACACUCAUACAUCUUUGAAAACGUGGGCUGCGACUACGGUCCGAUAGCGAACAGGUGUUGAUCAGGGCACAGCUGAUGGUGUGCUCUUACUGAAUGUAAUGUAAACAUGUAUUCAUCCAUUAACUGAAGCUAAGACUAUAGUGGCUCUGUAAGGCUCUAGUUUGGCACAGCCGGCUUUGAGCUAAAUGUAUGCACCGCAUUUCAUGCAGUACUUCUAAUUGUCAAGACAUUUCACUGAAAAACGUUGUCAACCUCACGGUGGCGCCAUAAGAUGCAGUCAAUUGAUCGGCAUAGUUAGUGGAAUUCUUCCUCUGGGGACCAUGCAUUUCUAUGUCUGUUUAGAAUUUCAUGGCAAUCUAUUCAAUAGUUGUUCAAAUAGUGGUGGAAUGACCAACUCAGGCCAUCAUUUCCAUCCGUAGAGCCUCCUUGGCAUGGCUGAAAUGUGAACAAACGCUUGCUCUGCUUCAGUAACAGCACAUGCUCACACUUUCACCGUAUAACCAUAAUCUCCUACGGGCUAUGUGGGGUUAAUGUAUUGAUUAAAAACACAAUCAAGUAGUUUCUGUGGGAGGGAAACGUUCUUAUUUUCUCAUCUUUACCCAGUUUUCUGGUUUAAGCCUGCUGGUGCUUCUCUGGGAUUUCUGCAUCAACCUCUGGAGUAUCCCACGGCUCAGUGUUUGAUUUGAUCUUUGCUCUAGUUUAAAUGUACCAAAAGUUAUCAGUUUAACCAAACAUACUUUUGUACAGUGCUUUGUGGAACGGUAUCCAAUAUGUUUCAAACGUCAUCAGAAUUUUGUAUUCAGUAUUUUGUGAAAUAUCAGGUUGGUGCAUUCAACAUCUGGAGAGAAUCCAACUAAUAAGUGCAUGGGAUUGUGUCUGCAGCAUGUUUGUGAGCAGAGUGUGUGUAGUUAGCUAUAAAACAUAGUAAAUGUAGUAAUUGGUCAUGGAAGCGCACAGUGAUGCUGCAAAACGUACCUUUAGUUUAAUGAGAAUACUGUGUGAGCCUCUCAGCAGGGCGUACUGUGGGAACACGACAUUUUAACUGCAUGCUAUCUUUUAUUUUCAAAAGGUUACUAUUUCUCUAAAGGCCGUUGCUGCUAAGAGGUUACAUUGUACACCCAAUGACAAAACGGUCCCAGGUUAAAUCCCCAUAGUGGAGCUAAACCCUGUCAAAGUGCCCCUGAGCAAUACGCAUAAGGAACAAUUGCGCCUUGACAAAUAUGCGCUUCGGAACACUGUGCGGCGCGAUAGGGUUGCUAUCGCUUUUCAGCACGUCUACAUUGACAAAAAUAUAGAUCUAUGGGCACAAACAACUCUGCAUGUGAUCGGCCCAUAAGUGGACGUUCACUGAUGGUACCAACUUGCCACAGUACAAAUAAAUUGCAGCCUGUGAGUAAGUUCCGUCUGCAGCGCUCUCACUCAAUAUUGGACCAAGAUCAGAAAAUGUCUCUAUUCAUCAGACACAAAAACAUGGGACAAUAGGGUCUAGGUUGAAAAAUACCAGUUACCUUUUUAGAAUUAAUAAUUUUUUAAGUUAGGGCACUCUCUAAAAUGUCCUAACUUCUUUAUAAAUGUGUGGCUUGGUUUUAAGGUUAAUAUAAUUUAGAUCAAUGUUAAAUUUGGGUAAACUUUAAAGGUAGCCUUGUUGCUAAAAUGUUUAAACUGUUGGGAUUAUUAAGUUGGGUUGUAUGAGGUACUUAUCCAAAGUCAGUGUAUCACUAAGAGUAGACAGGGGUCUGCACAUCCCCAGUUUGGAGAAGCAGACAGGAGUACCAGCAUAAGGGCAAAGUAAUAUACUGUGGAGGGGGUCAGCAGCAGAAUGUAUUUAGCCGCCUAAAAGAAAGGCCCACCUUAAAAAAAUCGUUAUCAAUUUUAGCGUAUGCUCUAUUUACAAUAUUUUCGGACAGGGAACUGAACUGAAAGUGAAACUUUGGCUUAUCUGACCAGCUUUAUCAACAGACUGGUGGCUUUGAAGAGAGAAUGGAUACGUUUAAGAAAGGGCUGUCUGACAGCAAGAUAAAGCAGUGAAAAUAAUCUAAAUAUAGCCUACAUAUGGAUAAAGAUUUUAUGAGCUUUUCUUUAAAGUGCAUUAUGCUGCUAUCAUGUGCUGAUACUCCUGCCAGCCCUGCCGUCAUACAAUGUCACUUCAAAUAAUCCAAACUAUCCCUUUAAGGGUGUGGGGUAGGGAUUGCAUUACAUCAUAAAUAAAACAGGCCCCCAAAACCUAGUAAUACCAAACUGUGUGAGUGUGAGACAGUAAAUGCCAGCCUCCUCUAUGACUGAGCCAUGCUGCCAGCCUUCUGCGCCGUGGCUGAGUUUAGUGCCCUCAGAGCUCCUUUAUGAUCCCUUCUUUGCGCACACACCAGAGACAUUGAUACAGUACACGACCACAUAAAGGGAAGUAAAAUAACACCGGAAUUUCGGUACAUCUGAAUGAGAAAUGUGUCACAUUUUAUGCCUGAAAGGUGCAGUGUGUAGGAUUUAGCAGCUAAGUUGCGGGUUGCAACCAAAUCACAUUGACGUGAAAAGUAUAGAGUCCUUGAAAACUGUUCUUGCUCAUUAGCCUCAACCAAUGCUGGUCGUUUUCCAGCUGUCUAAAAACCAAAUAAAUGGAAUUCACUUUGUGUGACUGUAUGUAAUGUGAUCAACCAGAUAAUUUCUGCACAAUUAACUCGUGUUACUAAACAUUUGUUGCGUCUCUUUAAGUAAUGAUUAAUACAAUCAGUCAAUGUCUAUAAAACUGAUGGUGCCAAAUUGUAUGUUUUUACGUAACUACAUUUCUGGCCUUUUUAAGUCCGUUUCAGACUGUGGUGGAUUGUCCUCCCUUCUUCUCCGUGGUCAACGUUGUCAGACGACUGAGCUGGCCACAGCUGGCACGUUGAACUGCAGAUAUUCUUUCUCCUCUUGGAAAAGGAUUUUAUUGUAAAAGAAUGGAGCUCAUUAAAGUAUUGGCUUUGGAACGGCAUCAAUCCACUUACCUUACUGCUGUACUAAAGGGGCAUCUCAAGAUUAUUUUUCUAUUCAUCCUUUCAAAUUAGAUUUAGUAUAAUUCACACCAAUCGUCUUGCUCUAGCCUCUCAUUCAUAAAGGACAAAGACGAGCAACCUUGACGACACUGGAGGACAGACCUGUUUUUUAUUGUUAACCUCCCUGCAGACCUCAGGUACUGAAGCUCUGCCAGCAGAUGUACAGCCAGCUUCGCUAAUGCUCUCUGAGGGCAUUUUAGCUGAAUUAAAUACCAUAAGGGAGUCAAAUGAACCCCUUGGCUCCUUGGUAUAUUUCUUCCCUCGUUUUUACCACCCACUGUUUUGCUCUUCCUUUCCCUCUCUCUGUCCUGAAGCAGUGUGUGUCCCAUAGUAGCACACCAGACCUGUCCGUGUUGGGCAGUUAUUUAGUAGUGAUGGUCCAGCAGCUCGCCUCAGGCCAUCGUUGAGAUGGGUACAGUGGUUCUUCCUCUGUGGCAUUUAGCCUUGCUGCUGUUGCCAGGGUAGGAGCA